CUCGUGCCGCGCGUUUUACGCCGCGUAUACGUAUGUACUCUUCUCCUCCGCUCUCUCCUCGUCGAAGUCUGAGUGCGUUGGCUUCUCGCGAGUCGCACAGGAGUCGCGCGAGCGGGAAGAGAGGCGAUCGCGAUCGCUCUCGGGACGCGGUGGAACGUAACGUAACCGACAAACGCGGCAAACCGGACCGUCCGAGCGCGAGUGCGCGAGGAGUGGAGCGAGUGAUCGGAGUCGAGUUCUCUCGAGUCGGGAAAUCGGCGGCGAGGGACGACGUGUCCGUCCCGUCCGGCCGCUCUCUCGGUGGUGCGCUCUUAGCGGCUCGCCGAAACGAAAAUGGCGGGCCGUGUCGGAGGCAGCGGUCAGAGCCGCCGACGGUGUUAAUCGGUGCCCCGUUAACGGACACGUGUGGUGGCGAUCUUCCAAUUGCUACCUGUACGUGCUGUACGGUUUGGGAUUCCUUUUUUUUUCUCCCCUCACUUCCGGUGCGCGCGCGCGCUGCGCGCCGCUCAUUGUUGCCGAGCACCGAUCAUAAAUCAGACUGCGAACGCGGAGAAAACGGUAUACCUGAGGAGUACAUUGUAACUAACAGUCGCGAGCGUAAACUCGUUCGUAGUAGUGCGUAUAUAUUGCGUUCGAAGGAGAGACACAUCGGAGCGAGACCGUGCGAAUCUGCUGUGGGAGGGAGGAAGAGGGAAGAGAGAGAGAGAGAGAAACAGAAAUAGAGAAGGACAGAGACACGGGGCAAAUAGAAAGAGCGAAAACCCCGAGGGGUACAGCACAGUUGGACAGAGGACGCAGAAGCGGCGAGAUACGGAACGGAGUGAAAGUUUAAAUCGACAAUAUGGACAAACACGAUGGAGUGAUUACACUGUGAGGUGUUGACUGUCCGAGAUAGCGAGCGACGUGCGGGACUAUAUUGAGAGAAGGAGAUAGAGAGAUAGAGCAGAGAAAGAGAGAGAGUGAGAGAACGAACGAGAGAGAGAGAUAGAGAUAGAGACAGAGUGCCGCCGAUCGGCGGCGGCGGCGGAUCGUGAGAUUGUAACACGUUGCGGAGGACGAGAAGCCUUGAUGCCGAUGCCGGCCGAAUACCACGAGGGCCACGGUAACCACGAGAACGCCAAUUUCGCUCUCGGGUCCACGCAGGACGCCAGCAACAUGACGGCCAACAUGUACCGGGUGGGAGAUUAUGUGUAUUUCGAGACUUCCACCUCAUCACCGUACCAGAUUAGAAGGAUAGAAGAAUUAAAUAAGACCGCAAAUGGAAAUGUGGAAGCAAAAGUCAUGUGCUUCUUCAGGCGGAGGGAUUUGCCUUCUACCUUAGUUAUGCUUGCGGACAAACAUCAAUUGGCAAGCGCGGAGCAGCAGAGGUCAGAAUCCCCUGCGAGCACGCAGAAUCAGAAACUCGAGAACCCUGACACUACUAAGGAAAUGACUAGUAAAGAUGGGAUUGGGCCCAAAGUGAUGAUCAAAGGGGGCGGGAAAGGGGGCUGGCUGAAGGCCCCAUUAUCGGAGGCCCAAGAGCCCCAUGGGAUGGAGGACAGUGUUCCUGGUGGAGUAACGGAAUUAAAUACCAAGCAACGUCACCAAAUGAAACACAGAGAAUUGUUUUUAUCGCGACAAGUGGAGACCAUGCCUGCUACGCAUAUUCGGGGCAAAUGCUGCGUAACAUUAUUGAACGAAACCGAAUCCUUGUUGAGCUAUUUAAACAAGGAGGAUUCAUUUUUUUACUGUUUAGUAUUUGAUCCUGCUCAGCGUACUUUGCUUGCUGAUAAAGGUGAAAUUAGAGUAGGUAGUAGAUAUCAAGCGAUAGACAUACCGGCGGUAUUAACGGCCGCAGAAAAAGAAGCGGAUUCUCGUAAGUUACAAGAUCUGGAAACUUUGGUUUGGACUCCGAGACACAAUUUGACGGACCGUCAGAUUGAUCAAUUCCUUGUGAUUAGUAGAUCAGUAGGUACUUUUGCGAGAGCCUUGGACUGUUCGUCCUCCAUCAAGCAGCCCUCUUUGCACAUGUCUGCAGCUGCUGCAUCUAGAGACAUUACUCUAUUUCAUGCGAUGGAUACCUUACAUCUGCACGGCUAUGAUUUGUCGAAUGCCUUAGCAUCUCUAGUACCUAGUACCGGUCCGGUACUAUGUCGAGACGAGAUGGAAGAAUGGAGCGCGUCCGAAGCAAAUCUGUUCGAAGAAGCGCUUGAUAAAUACGGAAAGGAUUUUGCUGAUAUACGAACGGACUUUUUACCAUGGAAAACGCUGAAGAAUGUAAUCGAAUAUUAUUACAUGUGGAAAACGACGGAUCGAUAUGUUCAACAGAAAAGAGUGAAGGCUGUAGAAGCGGAAAGUAAACUGAAGCAAGUUUACAUACCAAAUUAUAAUAAGACUCCUGCAUCGACUACUGCACCUUCUACGGCCACAAUCGUACCUCUGGGCAAUAGCAACAGCAAUAGUAACGGAAAGCCAACCAACAUUUUGAAUGGUAACAGUAACGGUAGCAUGGUGGCCGACAAUUCUGGGAUACUUAUGGUCGGAGUCAGUGGAAAACCGUGCGAAGGCUGUCAGGGCUUACAGAGUCCGCAGUGGUAUGCGUGGGGACCAUCGCAUAUGCAGUAUCGUCUUUGUCAACCUUGUUGGACGUACUGGAAGAAAUAUGGAGGACUUAAGGUGCCAUCGCGCAUCGACGAUGUCGAUCUUGAGAGAAAACGUACUGGCGCAGGUUCGGACGAAGAGAGCAAGGGUAUCAGCGGCGCACACAGGCCGCAUCGAUGCAAUGUUCCCACUUGUGGCAAGGAGUUUAAAUUGAAGGCCCAUUUGAGUCGUCACUAUGCGAGCACGCACGGAGUGGAUUUGCGUGGCGCUGCCGGAAGCGGCGGUGGCGGAAGUGGAUCACCACGACCAGUUAUGAAAACUCGAUCCGCAUUCUACUUGCGCACCUCCCUAUUAGCCCGCGCCGCACGACGACUCUGUCCUGCGCAAUUGCGAACACGUCAUGCCGCGCGAGCGCCACAUCAACCAGUAAAUACAAUGUCGUUGCGACAUUUUUGUGUCCAGUUGGCCUCCAAAAGUCCCGCGGAACUCCGUAUUCUGGCGCGCGCUGUACGACCUCGGCCGCGUCCGCGUGUAACAGACAUCGCUUCACGCCUGGGCGAUCUGAAUCCUGAACCACAGCUGCCCGGCGACUGGGACUGGCUGAUGCUGACCACCCCGGCACAACGCAAGCAGCCCGACCGGGUUUCGUUUCCACGUCCGCCAAAGGCGCCUGACGGCAGUCUUUUAUACGAGAGAGUGCCGAAUAAACCCGAAGUGGAUAGGCUCACGUUGACGCCACCCCAACCGCAACCAGUCAUGUCGACUCAACAGAAUAUCUUGAAACGCACAAGACCCUUUGACGAAAUCAAUGGUUCAGAUGGUAUCGCUCUAAAUGCGACACUUCCUCCCGGUGGACCUCCCGCAAAGAGGAUUCAUCAUGCACAACAAUUGCAUCCGAAACACACGCUAGAACAUCCUGCGCCCGCUGUUCUUCCUCUCGCACCACCUCUCAACGGCAGAGCUACUCAUCCACAUACGCUACCCCAUGGUGUACCGUUGUCUAGAAGUAAUGCACGUAAACAAGUUAUAUCGUGGAUGGAUGCGCCUGAUGAUGUAUAUUUUCGCGCCACCGAACAGAUCAAACGAGUUAGAAGAACUUUGGCCUCGGUGGAGUUACGAAGAGCAGCGCGUAAGCCAUGGCGCAGAUUGUCGAUCCCUCUACAUCCGCCUCAUCUUCAAAGAACAGUGCGUGGUGAAGAUAUGGUCGUCAUUUUGGACUAAAUGUAAUAUUGAAUAAUAAAAUUGUGUAUGUUGGUCCACUACACACAAAACA